AUGACUGAGGCGGCUGUAAGACUGCUCGUGACAGCCAUUUGGGAACAGCAUCCCGAGCACACUUCGGGUGCUGGCAUUGCCCAAGCCGACGCAGAUAUAGUUGACGUGGUCGUGGACUACAUGUCGGACAUGGCCUCGCAGCCCAUUAUGGCAGCUCUGGUGGCCUCGCUGCAGGGCGCUCUCAGACGCGAACACUCUAGGGACCUUUUGAGUACGCCACAACGAUGCGUUCAGGCAACGCGGAUGUGUACUUUAAUGAAAUUCUUGGUGGAAAUUCAUGUGCAUCCCAAGGCGAAGAAGGAGUUGAAAUGUGAAGUGGGUGCUCCGAUGCCCGAUGAUGUCAUCGACAUUCGGGUCAAAGUUGUUAAGAGGCCGCUCAUUGUGUUGUCAGCGAUGAAAAUGGAAAUGAUGGCGCAGUCGUCAGUAUCCGGUGUCGUCAAGUAA